AUGAAAUCCUCUGCUGAACGAUGGAAUAGUGUCAUUUCGCUUUCUUACCAUAAAAUGUACCCUUCCCUUACGGAAAAAGUCUUUCUACUUUACAAUGGCAUCGCUGGUGAUGCUGACUUUGAUGUCGUGCUGGUUCAUGGACUUGGAAGUGGAGAGUUCCAGUGUUGGACAAACGAGCGUGGUCUACUUUGGCCUGCUGUAUUUCUUCCGCAGGAUUUCCAGCGUUGUCGAAUUCUUUCGGUAGGCUACUCGCAUACUCUAUGGCAAUGGGCAUCUCCGGCGAACGUAGAACAAGUAAGGAAACAUCGAGAAGAACAAGAAGAAGGGAAAGGGGAUAGUAGUAUCUUUCACUGGUGGGGUGCAGAUACGCCGGGUGGUAUAAAUUCUUCUUCGGAACUUAGGUUAUCCAAAGAGGAUGUUAAAAAGACAAGAGAAAUCUUAGAGAUAUCUUCGGUUAAUGAAACCCAGCUACCACAUCUUACUUCACCUAUGAAGGAAAAGGAGGAAGAGACAUUGGAGCACUGCGCAAAAGAUCUUGCAAAACGAAUUCUUUCUAAUUCUGUAGGCGUCGGUAGGAGACCUGUCGUAUUUAUUACCCAUUCUCUUGGUGGGUUAGUUGUCAAGCAGAUGAUUCUUUCCUUGGAAUUAUCGGUUUCAUCAUCUUUGGAGAAAAACCAUGAUAACGAAGAUGUAUCAUCGGCGAAGUUGCUACUGAGUUCUCUCCGAGGUAUAGUGUUUUAUGCAACACCGCAUUUUGGAGCGCCAAUUGCGAGUGUUGUAACAAUUUUAAAACAUUACUAUCAACGAUUAGGUGGUAUAGGACCCUCAGAGGUAAUUGCCACCCUUGGUGACUACAAUAAAGAGUAUCUGUCAAACUUAAAUAAACAAUUUUUCCGUGUGAUUGAGCACUGUGGUAAGAGUGGAUUCGUUAAUAUUCUUUCCUUUGGUGAAACACGACGAGUAAAUGGCAUAAUUCGUAUUGUGGAGCCGGAGUCUGCUAACCCCACACUAGAUGAUGAGCGAUUCCCCUUUUAUCUCCUUGACGUUGACCACUUUGAAGUAAAUUGUCCAGUAUCAAAGGAUCAACCAAAUUAUACAAUUUUAUUUGCUUUUAUCGAACGUAUGCGGCGGAAUGGGUUACUGCAUUCUGGAACAGUGAAAGAUGAAAAUUUUUUAUCAGAAGAAAGGUUGACUUUGGAAAGAAAUAAGGAAACUGUUGUUGAUAGUCAUUUUACAAUGGAGGAAGUGCUCUUUAAUAGUUCAUUUACUAACCACAACGGGAAUAAUAUAUUUGUUGAGACAUAUUUAUUGCUUACAUCACUUGAGCAAUUGACGCAAAAACUACGAGCGCAUUCUGUGUCGCUAUUUGGGUGUAUGAUGCCUACACAAUUAGAAAAGCUUCUAUCCUUAGUGGUGGAUGUUUUCAAUUAUGCCAGUGCAUCUUCUACGCUCUUACAGAAAGAGAUUGUUGUUAUGCUUAAUACGCCGUUACAACUCCUCAGGUACUGGUUAGAGCGGACUCUAGCUACUCUACAAACUGUUUUGUUGCGGCAAGCGGAGGGCAUUCCUCCUCCCCUCUGCAAUCUAUCCACUUCAGAAAGAGGUGUUCUGGAUGACAUGGACUAUGCGGUAGUAAUACUACGCUCUGAAUGGGAAUGGUGCCACACUCAACUUAAUAAAGCUUGUAUUUCCAAUAACAUUUACCCAGACGUGCUCUUCUUUUCCCAUUCCAUUAUUGUUGCAGUUGCUAAUACUAUGGAGGACGAUUGUGGUUCUCUCAUUACGCUCGCCAUGGGUUGUAUACAAGAGACUUUCGGUUGGCAACGGAAUGUAGGUAUUUCAUGGGCAAUGCAGGAAACAUCUACUGGAAUUUUAACAUCUGCUUCCGCAAUGAGAUCAUUCCUUACAGGGUGGUUCUGUUGUAGCAUUUCUAGGAAGUAUGAAGAUGCUGCCAUUGCAUUCCGGCGAUUUGCUCGCGAUAUUGCGAUGCUGCAACGGGAUUCCUACAGUGCGAAACCACUUAUAAAUAGUUCUAAAGAAAAAUUAUCCACCAAGAAAAAGGAAGUACCUUUUUUUUGGUGGUGGGAAAGUAAUAAACCUAGUGAUAAGGUAAAUAUAUUUAGUAAAAAGAAGAGUAAUACCCUUUUUCAUGCAUUCGAAUUACUAGCGUAUGCUAGUCUCUGUUGGUGUCAGAUUCGCCUUAACCAACGUAUUGGGGUUUUGCUACCUCCUGGGUUCUCAGAUGCAUCGACGCAGCAAAUAGCACUUCAUCGAUGUUUGGUGGAAGGACGUCAUCGAUAUAGUAUUUUGGAGCACUCUCUUGAUAUCAACAACGUUACAGAUCGUCCUUUUUUUUCUGCAAAAGGUGCUACUACUUCAUCUAAUUUGCGUAGUGAAGAAGAAAUACAUGAGGAUAUAGUGGAAGAGCAGGUGAUUCGAUCCUUUUCCUCCGUAACUGGUCUCGCAAAGAGUGAUGCAUCUUGGCGUAACUUUCCCUUUGCAUUUGAGAGUGCAGAACAGCAGGAGGAAAGUAUCGAAAAGAUGAGAGAUCGAUUCGUAUCUAGUGUAAUGCUAUUCUGGUGGAUCAUGGAACGACGUGUGGAGUUUCACGCACCGAUGGAAAAUAUGAUUUCGAAAAAAAUGAAUCGAACACAGGACAUAUAUAACUUGGAAAGCCAUUCAAACUGGGUGUGGGAAAAAGCACAUCCUCAGCUAAAGAGUCAUUGGCUUACGUGGAGGUUUGUUGAAUGUGAAGAUGCAGAUAAGAAUCAUAAUAAAACAAAUAGUGAAAGUUUUCGUCUCUUGACGGAUGCGUUACAGUUAUAUCCACACAACACUCUUGCACAGUACUUGAUGGGACAAAAUCUUUUUCUCUGCAAACAACUGAAAGAAGCUGCUAAUGCCUACAUCAGUGUUUUGGAGUCUACACGUUGCCUUUUUCACCCAAUAAACCGUGCUGCUGCUGUGGGUCUUGGCUGGGCGCAUCUGCAUCAGGAGAAUCAACAUAAUUCUUCUUGGGUCCCUAAAAGCAGUAGUAUUAGUAGUGUUGUGGAUACCCUUUCUCUUUAUAGUGCCCCGGAAGGGUUAAAAGAGUGGUGGCGACUCGAAAACUUUCCUAGACAGAGGAAAAGAGAGGAGGUUUCUUUUCGACGAGUUGACUCUAAUGAAAAAUCAAAUCAUCUGGAGAGAGCCUCUGCACUUUUUAAAAUGGUUCUAUCGCUUGAUCCCUGUAACAAGGGAGCUCUUUGUGGUAUGGGGCGUGUGAAAAUGUUAACAACUGGAAACGUAUCUUCUUUUGAGUUUUCAGAUGCUAGUCGAUGUUUUGCAGCUGUACUCAGGGAUACAGAUACAAAAGGGACGAAAAGCCGAUGGGAUGAGGGGAACAACGUGGUAGCAAUGAAGAAUGGGGUAUGGGAGUCUCGUGCUGCCUAUUGGUUGGGAGAGAUUGCGAGAUGCAGUAUUCCUACAGACCCUUUAAUAGUUAACAAAGAAGAAAGUAGUGCGACUGUUUCCAGGCAGUUGUGGGAGUUCGCGGUGACACGGUGUCCAGAAAAUGACUGGGCGCUCACAUCCUUGGGGCUGCUCUACACGAGGUAUUAUUAUGACCACGUUGACAGCAACACUAUCGCACAACGGGAUAAAGGUGUGGAAUUACUUCAGCGUGCAUUUGUUCUCAAUGCAAAGAAUACAUGGACACUUUGGGGACUGGCCCAGUUCGCGACUGAUCCAGGGCAGCGUCACAUGUGUCGUCACCUCCUAACAAAGCUUUUAAGGAAGUGA